CUCCAGUCCAGCAGACAGCAGUAACGCAUAACCGACCGUUGACAUACUAAUGUCACAUAGCCUACUAUUUAAAAACAAAACAAACAAAAACAUCUAGUUCAGCGACUUUCUUUCAAAAUGAAUGAGGCAGAGAAGGCGAUCAAAAGGAUUCAGGCUCAAAAAGGAGUGGAAGGAGUAAUCGUGGUUAACGCAGAAGGCAUCCCCAUAGAAAGCAAUCUAGACCACCAACAUACACUUCACUAUACCUAUAAUUUCCAACAGCUUCUCGCCAGAACUCAGAGAAUGAUGAAGGACCUUGACCCUCAGAAUGAAGCCACUCUUCUGGAUGUUCAAACUGAGAAAAAUAAUAUUCUGAUUUCCACAGCCAAGGACUAUUUUAUGAUUGCCAUUAAAAAUUCUAGAGAAGGGCUCUGAAUUCUUCAUUUUCUUCAUUAUUUAUUCUUCAGUAUUUUUAUUUAUUUAUUUAUUUUUUGUUGUAAUUAAUGGACAAAAGUGUUACAUUCCAUGUUCAAGGAAAGUUAAGUUUAUAUAUAACACAGUUACGGAGAAGUACGCUUCCUUUAAGCUUCCAUUAAUACAAAUAUUGAAUGUACUGCCUUUGCAUAUUCUGAUAAUUUGCACUCUUUUGUAAGUACUCCAGCUGUUCAUCAUCUGGAGGCAUCAGCAUGACACUAUAACAUACUGUACCUGUUUAUGUAUACAAAAAUAAAAAUAAAACAAUGC